CUGGUACGUUUAGAAUGCACCGACAGGCAGAGUGCGGGAUGUCCAAGAGCUAAUGAGCGAGAUCAAUUGAGGCUAUAUCUUUGGGUAUUGUGUUGCAUUUCUCUUGCGGAUCUUCCAUUGCGUAUUAUCGCCAAAACAAAGAACCUUGCGGCCGAAAACAAAUCUACCCUCCAAUUUCUCUCCAAUAUCCGAUCACACGAUGCAUUUCCUUGCCUCUCGAGUCCUGUCAAUAGGACGCCAGGCCAUUGCCCAGAAGCCAGCAAUCUUCACAAAACGAGCGUCUUACUCCGCGGCCGCCACAUCUUCAACAAACACCUUCAAAACACACGUCUCCUACAAGCCCAACCCUAUCCGACAGCCCGUCAACCCCAACAGGAAGAACAAGAUUCCAUAUAAGGAUCGUCCACUCAAGCAGCCAUUCGUCCCUCUGCCAUCGUCAAAAAGUCCCGAGAAACUUGGCGCCACCCUUGGCUAUGUUGUUCGACGGACGCCAUCCUCCCAACUACCUGUAUACCGCAAGUGGAUGUCUGGUGGCAACCGCAUGAUCGUUAUCAUUAAGAAGAUUGAUGGAGACCGCUCCAAGUUUAUCAGUGACUUGGCUAGGGAUUUAGAGAUUAAACCAGUGGAUAUUCGAUUAAAUCCUACAACACAACAUGUGGAGAUCAAGGGUCAUGUCUACGAUAAGACAGUUGAGUGGAUCCUGAAGACCGGCUUCUGAAGUGGUGUAUAUAGAUAUUUGCCAGGUCUUAUUCUUGACGAAACACAAAGGGGGGAAUCAAAACUGUAUCAUAUUGACCAGUCACCAUCGGGGGCGACACAAGAUGUACAAUACAUGUAGUAAUGCAAGCGCAUCCAUAGAAGCA